UGGUCCAGCGGGUUGCGGUUGGUCCAGGUCAGCGGCACGUCGUCAGCUCACUUCGACGCAACAUCAUUCACGCUGACUCCAAACUUUUUUUUUUGGGGGGGGUAAAAGUGGUUGUUUGCCUCGCAAGAAAAACGCCAAAUUAAUGUUUGAAAAUGUCCGAAGAUUCGUGGGCUCUUGCGGUCGAUGUUCAAGAAGCUACAACUCCAUCCACGCAGUUGAACUUCUCAAAGAAAGUGGAUCGUGUGCGAGGUCCACGAAACGUGAGAGGAGACAUAAAUGGCAACAUAGUGCCGGAGAAGAGUGAGAAUGGAGGCUGGAGAAAAGACGGGGACAAAGUGGACCUGGCCGAGCAGUCCCUGCUGAAUAAACUGAUCCGGCACUCUCUGGUGCGGAACAGAAACCAGGUGGAGGUUCUGCAGCGGGACCCCACCUCUCCUCUGUACUCUGUGAAGACGUUUGAGGAGCUGAGACUGAAGCCUGACCUGCUGAAGGGUGUGUACAACAUGGGCUUCAACAGACCAUCCAGAAUCCAGGAGAAUGCUUUGCCCAUGAUGUUGGCACAGCCACCUCAGAAUCUGAUCGCCCAGUCACAGUCUGGCACAGGUAAAACUGCUGCUUUUUCCCUGGCCAUGCUCAGCCACGUAAACCCAGCCAAUAAGUGGACUCAGUGCCUGUGCAUCGCACCAACAUACGAGCUUGCUCUGCAGAUUGGACAAGUCAUCGAGCAGAUGGGGAAAUUCUGCCCUGAUGUGAAACUUGCCUACGGCAUUCGGGGCAACAGAAUGGAACGAGGCACCAAGUUGCAGGAGCAGAUUGUCAUCGGAACACCAGGCACAGUCCUCGACUGGUGCACCAAGUACAAGCUCAUCGACCCCAAGAAGAUUACCAUGUUUGUGCUGGACGAGGCCGACGUGAUGAUCGCCACACAGGGUCACCGGGACCAGAGCAUACGUAUCCACAGGCAGCUGACCAAGGACUGUCAGAUGCUGCUUUUCUCUGCGACCUUCGAGGACUCGGUGUGGAGGUUUGCAGAGCAGGUGGUUCCCGAUCCCAACAUCAUCAGGCUGAAGCGCGAAGAGGAGACGCUGGACACCAUCAAGCAGUUCUACGUGGUCUGUAAGGAGAAGGAGGACAAGUUCACAGCUCUCUGUAAUCUGUAUGGCAGCCUAACCAUCGCACAGGCCAUGAUCUUCUGCCAUACUCGCAAGAUGGCUGCUUGGCUGACUGCAAACCUGACCAAAGAGGGCCACCAGGUGGCAUUGCUGAGUGGGGAAAUGACCGUGGAGCAGAGAGCUGCUGUCAUCGAGCGCUACAGGAACGGCAAAGAGAAAGUGCUCGUGACCACAAACGUGUGCUCCAGAGGUAUCGAUGUGGAACAAGUGUCACUUGUGGUCAACUUUGACCUCCCAGUGGACAUGGAUGGGAAUGCCGACAAUGAGACAUACCUUCACCGGAUUGGCCGCACGGGACGUUUUGGAAGAAGAGGAUUUGCUGUCAAUAUGGUUGACAGCAAACACAGCAUGGAUAUCAUCAACCAAAUUGAGAUGCACUUCAACAGGAGAAUCACGAAGCUUGACACUAGCGACCUGGAAGAAAUGGAAAGCCUGAUGAGCUGAAUCCUUCGCUACACGCACAAACCUACUGAAGCAGUUAGACGUGUUACCUCAAAUGUGACUUGAGUUCUUUCAAGGGUGUAUUGUUUGCAUUUUUAUUGUUUACAGAAGAGAUAUGCAUGCCAAUGUUGACUAUGCAAACUUAUUUUAUGGCAAUAAUUUGUGCCAAAUAUUUUCACUUAAAUUUAAUUUGAUGUGUCCGACUUUAAUCACUGAAGUCACCUUAAGCCUUUGGGCUGUCUCACAGAGACUUUAAACCAACCACUAGCUGUUAAAACAGCGUUUAAGAAGAGUGGGGAAAGUGCCACGGUUGAUGGUUUGCAGUGUUGUGUUUUUGAUUAUCUGAAGUGAAUUAUUAAUGUAGGUUUGGUGGGAUAUAAUGUGUCUCAUCUAUAGACGUUUGCGUGGUUUGAUCAAGGUUGAGUUCAGAUAAAAUAUCUACGAGUGACUUGAAAGCAUUUUUAGGAUCAAAUGCAAUCAAAAUUCAGCCUAGUGGUAGCUGACUAUUAGUUUCCAUCAGACUGUGAAGCUAGAGCUGUUGCUCUGUUUUUGUGUGGACAAAAAAAAUAAAUAUACUGUUGCAUGU